UUCCUCUGUACAAAGAUAUUUAAAGGGGAGGUGAUAGUAUGGCAAAUUUUUGUAAACAGAGCAUAGAAAUUCGUUUUUAGCAAUGCUAGUUCAUUUGUUUGUCCUGUGUUGUGUAACAGCGAGUGGCAGGUAAAGACCAAUAACGAAAGUUUUUUACUGAAAUAAAUAUUUCCUCUGCGGCUGAAGAGGCAGCUCUCCGGGGUGGUUUUGUUUUCUCGAUGAUAGCCUAACAUCUUUGCGGCGUACAUCGGAUAAGCUCGUCUGUUGUUAUUUUGAUGUUGCUUGCUAGCUGGAAAUCUUAACGCCAUUUUCGUCUUUGUAUUACGUACAAGGCACAUGAAGUGACUGAUCUCUAUUUCGAAAUAGAGUUUUGCUAGCAGGGAUAGCUGUCGGUCUCUCCCUGGGUCCUCUUUAGCGGAGGGGAAAUUAAUUUCGUCCUUUUCCUGUAGCUUAGGGUAUUGCAUAAUGUGGCAGUAAGCUGUGGUUUAACCUAAUAAUAGUUUGUUUUGAGGGAAAAAAUACUCCUUUAUCUUCGACGACGGUGCUAACGUUGGCUAACAGUAGCAAUAUUCCAACAUGGGAGUCACCAACAUAUACAUUAAAAUAGGAUAUGCUACUGUUGGUACUGUGUUUGGACUGUCGGCUUUCUUGGUCUGGAAUAUCGCAUAUAAACAACCAUGGACGGCGGCUAUGGGAGGCCUGUCAGGAGUUUUAGCGCUCUGGGCUCUCAUCACACACAUCAUGUACCGUCAGGACUACUGGCGAACCUGGCUCAAGGGUCUUAGAUUCUUCAUCGCUGUUGGAGUAUUCUUCUCAGUUUUGGCUGUGGCUGCCUUUAUUAUCUUCCUAACUAUGGCCAUCGCACAGAAGCAAUCUUUCACUGACCCGAAGAGCUUCUACCUCUCCUGUGUGUGGAGCUUUCUGACCCUCAAAUGGUCUUUCCUCUUGGCCUACUACUCAUACAAUUACCGCCAGGAGUUUGCGGACAUCAGCAUCCUCAGUGAUUUUUAGUCAGUACUCAUUUUAAAGACUUUGGUGGACUUAAGAGGUUUUAGGCUGCCAGCGGGAGAUGGACAAUGAGCUUUUAUAAUAAAGAAGAGGAAAAGCAGACAUGGCUAGAUU